AGAAACGAGGAACCAACAAGAAACCCCCAAGAAGAACAAGAAGAACAUCAAAGAAUCCCUUAAAACCAGACCUCAACCAAGCCUCAAGUGUACAAAGACCCUCCUGCCCCAGAGACAUAUCUUAACAACAAGGACAGUCACAAGCAACCUGGUAAAUGGUCCAAGCAGCCCCCUAAAACACUGAAGAAGAAGGGAAAGGUGUUUUAAGUGUAUUCUGAAGCACCUGAGUCAUCAUUCACCAGGUACUUUGAAAGGAAACAUAAAGAAAGGAAUUAUUGAAGAUGGUGUGAUGAAUGAAACCAAGUCUGCGGAUGCUGAGGAAAAUACUGAGAGAUAGGAAAUAUUGUAUAGGCCCAGGGAUAAAUAGGGCCAGAAAAUGGAGGAAACCGAGGAAGCACAUCACACCGAGACAACCCAACCCCAACCCGAACAGACACUUACCACAGCGAACACACGAAACAAGACCGACGCAGCCUCCAGUUCACCAAGUUCACGGUUAAGUGUUUUAUCUGAUACACCAAUAUUAGUGAAGAGAAAAAGAGGAAGACCGCGGAAAUCAACAAGUGCAAACACACCUCCGUCAAAACAUUUAGUGAGAGAAAAUCCCCAACAGACCUCCUCCUUUUUGUCUGAGAGUACCGAGGACCUAGCCGAGGGGGACACAGACAGUGAAGUGAAGCCUAAGCGAAACAGGAGGUCUAAGGUCUUGCAUGAUGACUAUGUGGCAGAUUUCAACACGUCGGAUGAGGAGGAAGGCGGUGAAGUGUUCCGACGGUUUUCAGGGAGGGGGAGAGGGCGCGGACGAGGGUUAAAGUACGAGUUUCCGGAUGCGUUCGAGGACUUUUUCUCCAGCUAUAAUGAGUUCUUCGGUAAGCAGUCGCUGUCGGGUGACGAGAGCGCUGACCGAGACAUUUUUAAGGACCUGGAUGAGUGUGGGGAUGGCGAACAGAGUCUCCCGAAAGAGGAUAUGCCCCAAGGCACACCAAGAGGGAAAACCGAAGGAAGUGAUACACUGGAGGGAGUCUUAGGGCAGAACGGACAAACGCAUGUACAAAUUGUCAACUCUGGAGACACAACGAUGAUUGACGGCAAGGAAAAUCUCAUCUACAACAUCAUAACGACAACAGGAGAGAGAAAAACUGUCACCCCAUUAGUCAUUCCCAAGAUAAACGACGAUGUGGGUAGUGCAGCAAGGGACAUAACACCCUCGUCCUCUGGCAAGACCGACAGUGGGGAGGACAAAGAGGCUGCUAAAUCUAUCCUUGGUGAAGAAAGUAACAGGUCAUCUGGCUCAUCGGGGGAGGUGCAAGAUAAGCAACAUAUGGAUAGGGCUCUCCUUCAGCAAGUGGCGUCCCUGAAACACAAGUACUACCAGGCACUGCAGGAACUCAAGAAGAGGCCGCAGGUUGCCACGUUGGCCGACCUCGUCUACAGUGCUGCAAACUUCCUCACCCAAGACCAGCUCGUGUUCUUUGCGCUGCAGCUCAAGUCUGGCUGCCCCAACGUGCCUGGCAUCAAGUUCAGUGUGCGAGAGAAGAUGCUGGCCUUGGCGAUAUACCUGGAGAGUCCGACGCUGUACAAAUGGCUCAGUGCGAUCUUUCACCUGCCGAGCAAACUCAUCCUGGAGCGCUGGUUGGAGGGGGUGGCCAGGACCGACCCUGAGGACGCGAAGAAGAUCGUCUACAAUGUAUAUACCCGACACAUCUUCAAGGCAUGAGUCGGGGGAUUUGUUACGCUUUGAAUUAAAUUGAUCUCUCUUUUGGCCACUCCUCUUAACUCUUUUGUGGGAGCAGUGAUUGGUGGCAGGCUUUUUUUUUCUCAUUGUUUUCUAUUUUUUUUGCACUUGUGCGGUUUCCUUUGCCGUAAAAAAAAAUAUAUAUAUAAAAAAUAAAAAUGAAGUAACAUGUCAGUCUACAAUAUUCAUACCCGACGUUCUUCAAGGCAUGAGUCGAGGGUAUAUAUCACUCUGUAAACUUAGGUCAAAGGAUGUCAGGGGGGUAGGGGGCACAGGUACUUCAUCUUAAGGGGUGGGUGCAAUCGGGAAGCCCACACAUUUUAACAAGUAAGAAAACACGGUAUUUUUCCAACAAUAAAAACAUUAAAACUAUCCAACAGUUGAUUUGCAUAACACCCCACGUCAUAAACAGUUCAAGCAGAUGUCUUGUGAGGGAUUUGUUUUCUCUUGGUAACCUAGUGGGUCUCCUCUUCCUGAAGCUUCACAUCCAUCUCACUUGCCUCCAGAAACAAAUACAAGCAAUGGUAAUGGGAUAUGUGUGGAGAUGUCUUGUGAGGGAUUUGUUUUCUCUUGGUAGCUUAGUGGGUCUCCUCUUCCUGAAGCUUCACAUC